AUGCAUCGCUUGGCUGCCUGCUGGAUUCUUCUUCACAUUGCCGCCUCCUGCAGCUUCUUCCUCAUCGCGCAUGCUCGGAAGCAGCCUGCGCUAGGCAGUGACCUCAAUGUUACUGCGAGGUGCUUACCGCACGAGAGGGAAGCGUUGCUGGCCUUCAAGAAUGGCAUCACCAACGACAGCACAAACCUCCUCGCCUCAUGGCGACCAGCCCAAGAUUGCUGCCGGUGGACAGGCAUCGCCUGUAGCAGCCAAACUGGCCAUGUCCUCAAGCUUGAUCUCAACGGGGCCUACUCCUUCUACCCACCUUUGUAUGGCCAGAUAAGUCCCUCCCUGCUUUCUCUGGAUCACCUGGAGUACCUCGACCUCGGCUCAAACUUCCUGGAGGGGCCCAAUGGUAGUGUCCCGGAGUUCUUGGGAUCUAUGAAGAACCUGAGGCAUCUAGAUCUCUCCUACAUUCCUUUCUCUGGCACAGUGCCACUCCUGCUCAGCAACCUUUCCAAGUUAGAAUACCUCGACCUAUCUUUCACGUCCUUUUUUGGUAGAAUGCCUCCUCAGCUUGGGAACCUUUCAAAACUGCAAUAUCUUGACCUCAGUUGGAUGUGGAAUGAUACAUAUUCAACUGAUAUCUCAUGGCUAAGUCAUUUGAAUAUGCUGGAGUACAUUGACAUGAGCAAUGUAACUCUCAGCACAAUAGUUAAUUGGCCUUCUGUGGUGAACAUGGUUCCAACUCUGAAGCACAUCAAACUUAUGAAUUGCUCACUUCCAAGUGCGAAUCGGUCGAUUUCACACCUAAAUCUUACCGAACUUGAGGAGCUUGAUCUCACAUGGAACUACUUUGGGCAUCCAAUCGCAUCAUGCUGGUUUUGGAAUGUAACAACAAUUAAGUUACUGUACCUAGAUCAUACCAAUCUUUAUGGUCCCUUCCCUGAUGACCUCGGAGAAAUGGUGUCGCUCCAACACCUAGACUUUUCAUACAACAGAAAUGCUGCCACAUUGACGGUCGACUUGAAAAAUCUAUGUGAAUUGGAAAGCUUAUACCUUGACAAUAGUCUGUCAUCUGGGAACAUAACAGAGUUAGUACAGAAGUUACCACAGUGUUCUUCGAGAAAAUUUUAUGCCUUGAGUUCAGUAAGCAAUAACAUGACCGGAAUUUUUCCCAAUACUAUUGACCACUUAACCAGUUUAACUACCAUUAUCCUUACUAACAACAGUAUUAGUGGAGCAAUACCUCCAGGGAUUCGGAACUGCACUAAUUUAGAGUACGUCCAUUUCAGUUCAAACCAACUCAGUGGCCAAAUACCGUUGCUGCCAAGAAGCCUCAGGGUAUUUGAGGUCUCCAUGAACUUCUUGUCAGGGCAUUUGCCGUUGGAAUUUGGAGCUCCAAAUUUUGAAACUCUAAUUAUAUCCUUCAAUUACAUUACUGGUCAAGUUCCUCGAUCUAUUUGUGAGUCCCAAAACAUGGCAUUUUUGGAUUUAUCAAACAAUAUUUUUGAGGGAGAACUACCUUACUGUUCUCGCAUGCCAAGUUUACGUUUCCUGCUCGCAAGUAAUAAUAACUUUUCUGGAAAGUUCCCCCCGUGGCUCCAGGGCUUCUCAUCACUGGUUUUCCUAGAUCUUUCAUGGAACAAGUUUUAUGGAUCAUUACCAAGCUGGAUAGGAGAUUUGGCGAACUUACGUAUUCUGUACCUUAGUCGUAACAUGUUCUAUGGAGAUAUUCCAGCAUCCAUCACGGAUCUUAGAGCGCUUCAAUACUUGGAUUUAGCAGCAAACAAUAUGUCUGGAUCAAUUCCUCGAUCUUUGUCAAAUUUAGUAGGAAUGACUCUAAAACAUCCAUCUGGAUCUAGCGAUGAUUUAUACUCAACAUUGUCGUUCGAUGAAUCGCAAGAUUUAUUUGCCCUGGUGAUGAAGCAUCAAGUGCUCAAGUAUGGAUCGCACGGAAUAGUCUCUGUUGUGGGCAUUGAUUUGUCGCUGAAUCAAUUAACUGGGGAAAUUCCAGAUGAAAUUACUUCUCUUAGUAUGGCAUUGAAUUUAAAUUUGUCAUGGAAUCACUUGAGCGGAAAAAUUCCGGAGAAUAUUGGAUCUAUGAAAUCAGUGGAAUCACUUGACCUCUCAAGGAAUAACCUUUCCGGUGAAAUCCCACGAAGCUUUUCAGAUUUGACAUACAUAAGUUACCUGGACCUGUCAUAUAACAAUCUUACAGGGAUGGUCCCAUCAGGUCGUCAACUUGACACCCUUUACACAGAAAACCCUUCUAUGUACUACGGAAACAACGAUCUAUGUGGCCCUCCUCUUCAAAGAAAUUGCUCAGUGAAUAAUGCACCAGGGCAUAGAAAUCAACAAGAAAGCAAAACAGAUUCUGAUUCAGCGUUCUUUUACUACGGACUUGGGUCAGGAUUAGCCGUUGGCCUUUGGGUUGUCCUCUUUGCUCUACUAUUCAAGAAAACAUGAAGAAUUGCGUACAUUUGCCAUGUUGAUAGGUUGUGCAACAAAGCAUAUGAGGAGAGAGGUACUGGUAAUUUGGAUGGGGGUUUUUGCUUUGAUGGGGGGUUUUUAGGCUUCUAAGCAGAGUUAGUAUGUUUUUACUAUAGCAUCUGCUGGAUAAUGCAGCAGUUUCGAUGCAUACUGCUACUAUUUGAUGCUAUGAGAGUGAUUUGAUUCAGCUGCAUCCUCUGUUGUUACAUAACAA